AUGGCUGUUGCGGCACCGCACGUGGCCGAGGACCUCUUGACCGCCGAAUGGUCGGACGCGACCGAGCUCUUCUUUGAUGCGUCGAACGCGCUCACGCUGAGCCAAAUGGUGCACGUACCCUUCUUCAACUACUUUGAGUCCAUGUCGGCGCUCGAGCUCAUGGACCCCAAGAUGGACGCUGGCAUGGUCGGCCAGAACGAGCUCAUUCUGCCCGUGGCCGAGCGCCUCGCCAAAGGCUUGAUCCCAAUGACGUUCACGUCCGCGACGAGCCUUGUCGCGACACUCGACCGCAUUGAGCAGUGUGAAAGCGCAUGGCGCAACGGCCAGUCCAUGGAGCAGUCGCUCUUGAUGUGCUUGUAUUUGCAUCCGGUCGUCUCGAGCGCACUCCUCCAGCUCGAGUGCGACGAGGUCAUGUCGUUGGCGGUCGGUCAUUCCAAAAACGACUCGCUCCUCUGCAUCUUCCGAGCGUACCUUCUCUUGACGAUCAAGGCGUGUACGAUCCAGCGCAACGCGAUUCUCCGCGCCGACAUUUACGAAGAAGAGGACUUUGCGCCCGCGAGUGCCGACGUGCCGCGUGGCGACGCCAUCGAUGACGCGCUUGUCUUUGCGGCGCUUGAAAUCGCCGAGCAGCGCUUGGAUGCGCUCGCAGCGAAGACGAACAAGAAGAAGCCGACAUCGAUCGAGCCCCUGCAUGCGACGCUCGGCCUCGAGUUUGCGCAGCUCCUCUCGACGCGCCUCCAGUACAAGAAGAAUUUCUACUUUGCGCUCGCGAGUCUCGGCACGGCCGAGUGCCCGGACUUGGAGCGCGCGACGCACUUUCUGGACGUUGCCAAGACGCACCUCGGGCAGCUUGCGACCGAGUCGCUCGAAGUGCCAUCCGCGUGUUUGCAGCCAGAGGCGUACGUCGGGUUCGACAACCAUAUCGGACGUGUGUUGGCGUCGACGGCACCGCCCCGCGCGGCCAAGCUCGAGUCGUUCGCGACAGUCGUAGGCACCAACCAAACGCUCUGCGCGCACCUCCGGCUCGGGACGGCCCCCGAGACGUUCAAGUCCAUGGACGACCUGAAGGCGUUCUUGAGCCACAUGUCGUCGCUCACGCCCAACAUUCUCGUCCGCUCCUACAUCCUCCUCUUUUUGUACAUUGACAAAAAAAUGUACGGGCAGUACAACUUUAUGGAGUGGCUCGGCGACUCGAUGGUCAUGGCGGGCGUGCCCUCGGUGCUCCUCUCGACGCAAGAAGGCAUGACGUACUCGUCGCGCUGCAUCGAAGCUGUCUACGAGUCGCUCAAGCUGCAUAUGCACAACCGGCCGCGCCAGCGCUCGCGUUUGGAGCUCAUGCUCCAGGACUGGGUCAUCCUCGAGUCGGAAGCUGUCGCGAUCGAUGACAAAUUUGUCACCGAAAUGGGCAUUCCCAAAGCCAACUACCCGCGGUACUUUACGGCGUGGGCUCUCGAGCAAACACUGGGCUUGAUGCAGCAGUACCUCUACCUCGGCUUUGAACUCGACUUGUACGCGUCGUCCGAGUUUGGCACCAUGUAUUGCUACCUCGACUACCUGCUCGGGACGCGGAUACACAACCUGACCAAUGCAUGGUCGUUUGUCGAGAAGCUCCAGACGAUGACGCGCCCCGAAUCGUCGACGCCGCCGCCAGCACCGACCAAGGCGCUCAAGAAGAACGCCAAGAAGGGCGGCAAGCCGGCGGCAAAGGCCAAGCCCGAGCCCGAGGCCAUCGUGGACCCAGUCAAGGAGAAGUAUGCGCUCGACAUUGCGCUUCUCGAGACGCACCGCGCCUUGGUCCGUGCCAUGUUCCAGUACGUGGUGGGGCUGCAGCUGGACGGUCUCUUGCCUGCGGACGUGCCGGUGUACGGGUCGCCCGAGAUCCGGUAUGCGCACCGCUUCCUGCCGUUCCAGAAUUUGCAGUACCCGCAGCCGCUUUCGCACGCCGAGAUGACGCGCAAUUGCGAUUUCUCGCAGUACGACGUCCAUGUCGUGUACCAAUCCUCGGACGAAUGCUUCAAGAUGGCGCGUGGCCACAUGGAGCAAGUGCUGGCCAAGCCGUCGCUGCCAACCCGCCUCGCGCUCGAGCUCAAGGCGCUCACCAAGGUGUGCGUCGCCAACGGCGUGUACCUCGCGCAGCUCGAGAAGGAAAAGACAGCGCUCUCGCUGCAGUCGCUCUCGCUCUCGAACAAGAAGGCCGCGCUCGAGAUUGCGUUCAAGGUCCAUCCGCAGUACCCGACGAUCCAGCUCAAAAAGACGGCGGCGUAA